CCCUGGUGAAAAAGGUGGGGAAUGCAGGCGUUCCAGAUGUGCGCGUAACCUACGCCCACGCGCAAGGACGUGUGCAUGCAACGUCAUUGAGGGAAAGCGGAGCAGAAGAGCGAAACAUGGCGACAUCAAACAAUCCGCGGAAAUUCAGCGAGAAAAUCGCUUUACACAAUCAGAAGCAGGCAGAGGAGACCGCAGCAUUCGAGGAAGUGAUGAAAGAUUUGAGUAUUACCCGAGCAGCGAGGUUACAGUUACAGAAGACCCAGUAUUUACAGCUGGGACAAAACCGUGGGCAGUACUAUGGUGGAUCAUUGCCAAAUGUCAAUCAGAUUGGAAAUGGCACCAUUGACAUGCCUUUUCAGACUCCCUUUCAAGGUUCAGGUGACACUAGCAGGACAACACGGCAUCAUGGAUUGGUUGACAGAGUUUACCGGGACAGAAAUCGCAUCACAUCCCCACACGGAAGGCCCCUCGACAAACAUGGACGCCAAAUUGAUAGCUGUCCAUAUGGCUCAGUGUAUCUGUCACCCCCACCUGACACCAGUUGGAGGAGGACUAACUCGGACUCUGCGUUGCAUCAGAGCACUUUGAACCCACAGGACAUUUACGCGGGAGGCUCACAGGACAUGCAGCCUAAACGAGUGCUUCUGCUUCAUGUACCAAGGCCAGAAGACACAGAAUCAGAUAUGGACAAAGACGAACAGAAACAGAACUGGGAUGGGAAAAAGAAUGCUUCAUCAAGGUCCAAGGUCCCAGGAAUCAAUAUAUUCCCGUCUCCGGAUCAGGAUCUGACCGCGACACUAAUGCCAUCAGCCCACGACACGGGCGGUGGCUCCCUGCCUGACCUGACCAACAUCCAGUUCCCCCCUCCGCUGCCCACCCCCCUGGACCCCGAAGACUCCACCCUCAGCGCCUCCAACAGCACGGGAAACCUGGCCCCCAGUCACUCACACAGUUUCAGUUCCACCAGCCAAGGUGACCUCUGUCCUCCACCUUCCAGAACAGUAGAUAUACAGAGUAGGCAGGACAACAUGGUCAACCAGGACUCCCACCAGCACCACUCCCUACAGCUCUCCCCCACCCUGUCGCCACCGCUCACCCUCGCCCAGGCGGAGACCAUAGAUGCCAUGACUCUGGAAGCGCAGUUGUCCCAGUAUGCGUUCUUCAGCCAGUCCUCCUCUCAGCAACAGCAGCAGCAACAGCAGCAGACCACUCAAGGACUGACCAGGCUGGUCCAGCUCCCAUCCCCUCUGAACACCUCCUCCAUCCAGACACAGAACUCCAUGGAUAUGAACUCGCACAACUCCAUAUUGGGCAGUGUAUUUGCAGACUUCUAUGACCAGCAACUCGCAUCCAGACAGACCAGUGCUCUCUCCCAACAGCUGGAGCAGUUCAACAUGAUCGACAACAAUAGUCUGUACGGCCAGGGCUCAACCCUCAACUACUCCCAAGCAGCCAUGAUGGGUUUGACGGGAAGCCACGGCAACCUGCAAGACUCCCAGCAGCUGGGCUACAGUAGCCAUGGCAACAUCCCCAACAUCAUUCUCACAGCCACAGGAGAGUCUCCACCCAGACUGUCCAAAGGGUUGUCUUCUAGCUCUCUGUCAGCUGACAUCAGCUUCGAUGCGGACUCUCAGUUUCCCCUAGACGAGCUGAAGAUUGACCCGCUGACCCUGGACGGGCUGCACAUGCUCAAUGACCCUGACAUGGUCCUCACUGACCCUGCCACUGAAGACGCCUUUCGGAUGGACCGGCUGUAGAGCUGCUGCCAAAGUCACCGACUGCGUCGGUGAAACCCGGCCUGAGGGGUUGAGGGCUUGUGUCUGAGGGGAGAGGGCUACUUUUGGGGUGUGGGAGCCCGAGGCAAGGCCCCAGCUGUGAAGUGUGUUUAUCCCACCUCCCUUCACCAGCAGCCCCUUUCUAAGAGCUAUGGGAUAGUGAGGUAGUAGGGAAAUUAGUUUGUCAAGAAAUGGUCGACACAGUUUGCUUUCUCUCUUCAGAAUGGGAAAGAUGGAUGGCAACAUUGUCAUGUCUGGUGGAUAUUGAGCUUAUGGUCCUGCUGUGACUAGUUUGUUGUUACCAUUCUUCAUCCCUUAACUUUUUUUUUACACAUGCAUCCUGCCGGCCUUUCUGUUGGAUGCUUUGGUUUUUGUAAAGAAGAAAAACAGUAGGGGCUACAACACUACAUUGGUCUCGCCUCACAUUUGAAGACAUUAACUGAUUCAAAUCAUGUCUGCAGGGGAAACUGUUUAUCUUUCUCUCACCUGCCAUACUAGAUUAGCAUGUUUUAGCUCAUAUAAUCACUCAUCUGCUUUUCAGAACCGCCCUCUCAUGGUAAAUCUUGCCAGUCACAUUUCCGUCAAUGCCCUUAAUCUCGCUGUCUAACUCACACUAACUCACACUAGUUGUAUUUAUUGGUAAUCUGAUUUUUUCCCCCGAAGUUGACCAGUAUUUUACUUUAGGUUCCCUUCCGAACUUGUCAUUUUAAUUUUAAUCCAUCAAUUUUGUCAGCAUUUCAGGUUUGUACUACAUGUUUUAGUGAUGGUCAACAUCUAAGUGGUUUACUGAGUUGAACAACUAGGAGUUAUAACCCUCCCCUUUAGCUUAUGAUUUUCCAGGGCAGCUGAAGUAAAAACCUAAAUUCCAGUUGAACAGACAUUGAAAAAUCACUCAGAAUCCUGUUUGUAGAUUUUUAAAAAAGGAUGUUAGCCUACCGUCACUUUGGCAAUUUAUGCAUGAAAUGACAUUUCAGCUGUAAUAUGCCACCAAUGGUAGCUGGUUUUCAGAUGCAAACAAGAUUUUUUUUUAAAUGAAAUCUGAACAAAUCACCAUGAGUGAUAAGAUUCCGCCUUAUAAGAGUACAUGAUAUGGAAAGCUAUUAUCUCAACUCUGCAUUAAAAAAACGCAGGUUGUUGUGCAACUUGUUUAGAUUCUAAAGUAGUGAAGUGUAAACUUUUAUCAAGCAUCACCGUUUCUUUUCCGAUGGCCUGAAUCAAAUUGGCACUAGUGUGAGAAGAGGACCAAGUUGAACACAACUAGGGGAGGUUUAUCACAACUUAAGUUGUUAUCCACUGCUUUUCACUUGUUACCAUUUUGCUUUUCAUAUUUGACGUGGUACUGUAUUUCACUUGUCAGCCAAAUAGAAAUGGACAGAAAGAGCCGAGGUAUCACAUAUCUGAUGCCCUUGUAGUUGCUACUUGUGAAUUAGAUAUUUCAUUUCAAAUAAUCGCUUGAUCACUCAGUAUGGGUACAUCUCCGUUGGGUGUAGUCAACAAGGAGCUCCUAGCACACAACGUCUGUCAUAGAUUGCAGCGACAGCCAAUAAGGGGGAACCCCUCUCCUUUAUAAGGCGCUGUCGCUCCCUCCUGCCUCACUUUUCAUUCUUCCUUACGAUGUCGUAAUACUGCUAAUAUACUCUCCUCAGCAUCGACUUAGACUACUGUUUUCCUGCUAAACUGUUGAUAGGUGAACCUGUGUGGUUCACUGUUGAGUGUAGGAAUCCAGCUUCUUGUCGAGAGUGUUUAGCUUUUUACCGGAAAGUAAAGUUUCCUCUGUCUCUGGCUAGCUAGCGUCACACAGCUAGUUCUACCCUACCAGCACACCUAGCUACCGCUUCCUGCUGCUUAUUCCCAAUGAGGUGGAGGAAGGAAGAAACUUCGCUUGGUCGUUCUUCAGGCGAAUUUAACCCAGCUAGCUCACAAAGAAUGUACCUUCUCUUCAGCUAGCAGUGUGUUAGCACCAGCUAGGUUACUAACCCUCUGGGUGAAAACCAGCUUCCUACGCCAGGACUAGCUAGCUACACAACUAUGCGUCGGCGAGCACACGACUAGAGCUAUCUCCUGGCUUAGGUAGCAUCCCUUCCUCCUGCCUAACUUUCCAGCGGCCUCGCUGAUCAGGUUGACCGGUCUUGCCUAUAGGUACUGCGGUCUUGGGAGAUUCUCUAGCCUAUAGAGCAACGCUCAGCGUGCCACCCUAGGCUUGUAGCUCACUCCAUCAGAGUUAUGGCUCUCUUUCCAGUGUGCUUGCAAUAGCUAGACGACUAACCCACAAGGUGAACUCUAGCUGGCUACCACAGGACUUCUAGCUACACAGCUAAGCAUCAGCAGCACACACACAGCCCAGGGUUUUCCUGUCGAACGCUAGCUAGCUAAAGCCAGGACUAGCUCCAUGGCUAACGUCGGCCAGUACACGCUCAGAGCUAGCUCCCCCUGCUAGCUCUUGCUACCUGCACUGGGUAGAAUUACUUCCCCUCGUUUAGCUUACCAGCGCCCUCGCUGGAUACGCUGACCGGUCUUGCCUAUCGCUACUGCAGUCGUGGGAGAUUUUCAGCCUAUAGAGUCAUGCUCUCCAGCUAACAAAGUGCUAACUACAGCUAGGCAUUUAGCCCACUGGGCUACUACUAGGUAGCUGAACUGUAAGUACUCCAUAUGGUCAGGCAGGCUUUGAGUAACAUGUAUAACCCGGCUGACAAAACAAUCUCUUCUGGAGUUAUGGCUACUGUAUUUCCUUGUACUGGGCGAACUAAGCCGAGCGCUCAAAUUCCUGGAAUUACUAGCUAGCUAUUACUAAAACUGACCAUUUACACCGCACAGUACUACGGUCAAAAGAGGCUUUCCAGACUGAAGAGUAACACAGCUCUUCUCGGCUAACAUGGUGCUAGUGGCUUAACGUCGUCUAGCACACGAUUAACCCGGGUAUCAUGCCCAGGCAGCUCUCGACCACCCUGAUUCCUGCAAGUAUUGUAUGGCAUGAACCGAGAACCGGUCAAUGCUAGCUUAAGCUAUCCUACCAGCCAUCCUGGCAAACGCCAACAAGUCAGUUAACUACCGCCUGGAUAUUACUAGCCUAACCCUCAUACGUACUUAGUCUAGCACCCAGUUUCUUUGUACUUACUGUUUGAACUGGUCCCAAUUCUAUGAUCCGGUCCACGAGACGGCAAAGACAGGCUAGCUGAUGCUAGUUGUAACCGGGCACAAGUGCACUCCAAGCUAAGCUCUCCCCUUGGUUCAGGUUCAGGCCGAGGCUGGGCUGGUAGAAUUCAGUCACUAACAAGCACUGUCCCCACCCGAUGCUUACAGCACGUCGCCUCCAGAAAUAUAUUGCUCUUUGUCCCACUUGCCAAAAUGCCACAGAGCCAGUUUAUUUUUUUCUAAAAAUCAAAUCAAAGUUGGUCACGAACCCACUUUUGCAAUGUUAUCGCAGGUGCAGCGAAAUGCUUAUGUUUCUAGCUCCAACAAUGCAGAAAUAUCUAGCAAUACAAUAACAAUGCACACAUAAUCCAAAAGUUAAAAGAAAUGAAGACAACAGAAUGAGCAUUAUCAGAACAAGCAAUGUCAAAGUUCAGAAUAUAAAUAAUCAUUCACAGGAAGAUGGGAAUGGACAUGGGGAUGAAAGUGGGAAAGGUAGUGGAAUGGUUGUGGUUGGGAAACAGACGUAAUGAAUACACUGUACACAAUACUAUAACUGAUAGCACAAGUAGAGCAACAAGACUAUUAAAGGGAAGGAUGAAAAUGUAUAUUUGACAAUACAGCUAUACACAAAGACGGCAUACAACAAUAGUAACAACUAACUAUUAAGAACAAUAUAUAAAUGUCACACAACUCACUUUGGGCACGCACACCAUCCCACAAGUCCAGAGAUAUGAGUGAGUCCAGACUGUUCCUCUCUGCCACUUGAGGGAUACUGCAAGUAUUGUGUGACCUGCAGAGUCAAGAGGAUAGGCAGAAUUCCGGCCCCCUAGUAACCUACCUAGCAACCUAUCAGGGAAAAGGUCACACAGGUUAGAGAGGCAGGUUUAUGGUACCCCUAGACUCUCAGGCUCCGGUCGUGGGGGAAGGGGAGUGGAGUGUGCAGCUUAGGGUUGUGGUGCUGAUAAGUCACCGGCAGGGAAUUCAUAACAAAUACAGUAGAUACAUAUACAGUGGUAAAAUAGUGUUCAAUAACUCUAUGUACAUAGAGCAGCAGUCUCUAAGGUGCCGGGUAGAGUAGCGGGUGGAAGCCGGCUAGUGACCUAAGGCUAGUGAUGACUGUUUUAACAGUCAGAUGGCCUGUCCCAGCUUUGAUGCACCUGUACUGUCUCGGCCUUCUAGAUGGUAGCGCAGUGAACAGGCUGUGGCUCGGGUGGCUGAGGUCCUUGAUGAUCUUGGUCUUCCUGUGACAAUGUGUGCUGUAGAUGUCCUGGAGGGCAGGCAGUGUGCCCCUGAGGAUGCGUUGGGAUGACCGUACUACCCUCUGGAGAGUCCUUCGACUGCGGAUGGUGUAGUUGUACCAUGGGGUGAUACAGCCCGACAGAAUGCUCUCGAUGGUGCAUCUGUAGAGGUUUGUGAGGGUAUCAGGGGCCAAGACAAAUUUAUUCCGCCUCCUGAGGUUGGAGAGGCUCUGUUGCAUCUUCUUCACCACGCUGUCGGUGUUAAGGGACCAUUUUAGGUCCUCAGUAAUGUGCGCACAGAGGAACUUGAAGCUUUUGACCCUCUCCACUGCGGCCCUGUUGAUGUGGAUGGGGGCGUGCUGUCUCCUUUAGUCCAUGAUCAGCUCCUUUUGUUUUAUUGAGUGAAGGAUAGGUUAUUUUCCUGGCACCACUCUGCCAGGGUUGUCACCUCCUCCCUGUAGGCUGUCUAUCAGGUCUACCACUUUUGUGUUGUCAGCAAACUUAAUGAUUGAGUUGGAGACGUGCGUGGACACGCAGUCAUGGGUGAGCACGUACCUCUGUGGGGCCCCCGUGUAGCGGAGGGGUUGUUGCCUACCUUCACCACCUGGGGUCGGCCCGUCGGGAAGACUAGGACCCAGUUGCACAGGGAGGGUUUCAGACCCAGGACUUUGAGCUUAGUGAUGAGCUUGUGCAAUGGCGAUUGGAUCUGUUGGGGUGGUAUGCAAAUUGUAGUGGGUCUAAGGUGAUUAUGGUCCUUAAAGAAUGACGCUCUUUAACGCUGCCAGUGGGGACGGCCUAGAGGCCAGCAGCAGAGAAAAACGGGGCACAGCUCACAUAUGUCCGGCCCUGCCCCCUCUUAGGCAGAAGAUGAGUUCUUGCAUAACGAAGGAGGGGUUUCUCUGCUUUUUUAGAGCCCUAUCCUGUAUGCAGCAACCCAUCGUUUCGUACCCACGCAUAGGGAGGAGGGAGGGGGCCCACUCAUUACUCAACAUGCAGUACCCGUAGGAAAGCGGGCCCCCAAACUUCUGUAACCCCCGCCAACUCGGCCCACGUGGCAGCCCUCUGGGUCCUGCAUCAAAAAGCCACGUGGGGAUGUUUAGAAGGGGACAACGGAUAAGCCAUAAGGAACUCAGGUCCCUGACUACGCAGCCGACUGUCCAUACACAGGCGAAGCCCCAGAAACAGAGCAAGCCUGGCGGUUAAGUCCUUCGAUGCAGUCACAGCACAAUUCUGCCCUCCUAAAGCCCCCUGGUGGCCAGGAUGGCCAGUGAAUCUAUUUUGUUCGCACCCGUGUAGACACACUAGGUGCUCCCUGCCCUACCCUCUCUCCAGUUCAGUGUAGACUUCUCUCCCCACCCUGUGGUAUGAGAGAAAUGCUACUAUGUUUGUUCUACCCAUCUACUACACAGGGGCUUAUCUUUGGCCUCGUUAACAGUGAUAGGCUUGGGAUCCGCACCUCGCCCCCCCGAGUGCCGCCCCAUUCAUAGCUCUCCCCCCGGCUAAGUUGUUCCAGCCAGGGCCAGAAGACGAUGUGUUUUCUCUCUCGCCGUACUGCUUAGGUCAGACAGGAGCAGGACGGCAGUACACCAGUUGCCAUCAAGCUCCAUCCCCGUGCACUAUAUCUCUUUUAUAACCUUUUUCUGUUACAUCCAAGUGCCUCGCCAACGGCACAGAGCUAAUUUAUUAUAAUGAAAGAGGUGACACCUCGUUUGCACUGCUAGAGGGCAUCCUUGCCUCAGGCGAACGAGGGUCUCGGCACCUAUAGCAUGCACCCCUACUGGCUGGGAAAGGUUGUUGCACAUGCACAGUCUCCCCCGGGUGAUGUAUAGGGUUGCUUAGGAACGGCAGGCAUCAGCCCCGAUGUCUUCGGUUUUCGGUGGCUUUCGGGAAUUCGUCUCUAUUGCUACAUCCUUUAUUAGAGCCAGGGAACAUAGUGUAUUUACUUCUUGGUUCUUGAAAAGGGAGGAGGAGGGCAGGUGCUGUCGGACUAGGCCCCGGACAGCUAUCUUUUAAGCCUGCAGUGCUAUUCCACCUCACCGCCUCAUCCUUGAACUCAUGUACUCGUUCUCAUUUAUCUUCUCAAGGUAUUGCCAUACAGGACUUGGUUGCUGUCGCUUGUCUUUCUCUGACAUUUUUCCAACUGUUGAUGGCGACGAUGAUGUAGUGGUGGAGAGUCGACUCUAGAAUAAUUGAUUCUAUGACUCCUUGAGUGUCGACUCCCAUUUCUGAGUGUCGAGAUUCGAUUCAGUAAUUUUUGGAACAGAGGAGACUGAUUAGUUGCUGUACUUCCGAGAACACAAACACUUGCAUCUUUCAUAGAGAGCUCGCGAGCGAUGGAGAGAGAGGGUUAUAGUAGGCAGGUACAAACCCCUUGGGCUGGUCACUAAAGUUCUCCAUCCACUUAGUUAACUGUCCUGCAACGUCAUUUCUAUCCUACUAUAGAGGGAUUUGACGGCAUUGACGACUCGCAACCACUAGGGCACGUUCGCCAUCUUCGUCUAGCAGACUGGUUCCCAGACUGUUAGAGACAGCAGGCACUCUUCACCAUUGCUGCUAGCUAAAGCCAUAGCACCAUUGGGCAUCAUGCACAUCCCACACCACUGACCCGGGCUGGCCUCCAUGUCUUGCAGUUCAUUACAUUGGUGCUAGAUAUGGGAUGGUGACCAAGGCACCAUUGGAACACAACAUGCAUGUGUUUCCUAAGGGUUAUGCCUCGGUGGCAGAUCGUCCUGCUCUGUUCCUCUGUAUUGCACUCUUGAAACCGAGACUGAUUCAGACGUCUAGCCUCCUCACUGUUGGUAGGCCUGGCUGUCACCAGAUGGAAUACAUGGGUGCUGGGGCAAUAUGACGAGGGGAGCCUCCCUCUAGCAGUGUGCACUAAGGAGGGAUUGCGAUACACGCCCCAACAUCUCCAGCCCUAUGGCCCUGUUUUGGUCCCUGCCGGUCUCACUUGGUUUCCAGUACAGCAGCUGUAGGCAAGCGGACUUCGCCUACGCCCAGUGACCAAGUAGAUAGUCCCACCCUAGAACAUCUAGGGUGCUUGAGAGUAAUUUUCACAGCCGCUGGAAAGCGUGGAAAUGAGUUUCUCUCAUUUAAUACCGCUUUACUUAGCCAUUAUAUCCACAAAAGCGGGUGAGUGAGCUGCACGCACUGUCAGUUUCACCACUAGUGCUUGUUCCUUGCCCUGGGGUUAUCCACGGUUAUUUCAACAUAAAUCCUUUUUUGUGCUUAAAGAUUAGUAGGGCUUCUAUCACCUCUCUUUAGAGCCGUUGGCUUUCACCCACCACUUAUUCCUCCGUGGAGGAACAUUGUUUCCACUGCUUGUGCUCCACAUAUUUUGUGCUUCUACAUGGACAGGAUGAGAGCCUUGAAGACUUCCCUAAUGUAGGGAGACCCAUUUCCUCGACCAGGGAUUUAUCCUUUGGAUAAGUGGAGGCUAUUAUAAGGCAUAUAAUAGCAAGGGUUGACUACCUCUAGAGGGCUUCAGAGCUCAUUCCACGAGAGGUGUGGCUGCUUCACGGGCCUGGUUUAAGAAGGUAUCUCUGUUCAGAGAUAUUUAUGGGAUAUUAUUCCGAUCUCACCGGCACGUGUGCUUCGAGUCAGCACAUCUGAGAGUUGAUUCUGUCUAGACUAUCUGGAGAGUGUACGAGCCUUACAGGAGUUGGCUAAAUCCCAUACUGAGUGUUCGAACGAUUAUUUGAAAUAGAAUUUGAAGUUAAUUAACCCUGGUUCUAUGAUAAUGACUGAGGUCACUUAGCUCGUUGCCCUUCACACAAUCUGCGUAUGGAAGAACGAAUACUUGUACAAGUGAGGCAGGAGGGAGCGACAGCGCCUUAUAAAGGAGCGGGGUCUAUUGGCUGUCGCUCCUGUCUGUCUACGACAGAUGUUGUGUGAUAGGAGUUCCUUAUCGACUACGACCAACGGAGACGUACCCAUACAUACGGAGUGACCUCACUCAUCUUAUCCUAGAACCGUGAUUACGCUAAGUAACCUUAUGUUUCGCUCCCUGGUAAUUGAUGUUUUGUUUCAAUUAGUUGUCUUUUUUUAAAUUGGAUUUUGCUUAUGGUAUCUAUGCAGAACAAAUGAAUUGAUUGAAGGCCGAGUUAUUAGCAAUCUAAUAGGCAUAACUAAGUACCUAAACUAAACUAAGUACCUACCAUGCUGAAUUGUACGGUACCAUAUUGAUAGCUUUUUCAGCAAAGAAAAUAAGCAUGUUGACAUGUUUCAUUCGCUACUUUUUGUUGAACAUUUUUGUUUGGUUCUUACACUUCACAGAUGAGAAUGCAAAUGAUAUAUUCUGCACGUUGGCUUUGGCAGAAACUGUAACAAAAAAGCAUGACAAAAGAAACUUGAGGAUUACGCUGCAUAUAUAAGAACAUUAACCCCUAUAUGUGACUCCCAUGGAUGUGUCUGAGGUUGAUUAUUUUUACUGCUGAAGUGUGAUUUUAUGAUUCAACUGCCUCUAUUAGAACAGCCUUUCUGCCACCAGAAUGUAUUUCAUCACAUCGCCAUAGAGUACUAUCAUAAUCUCAACAUCUUCAUAUAAACCUCAGCGUCGACCACAUUGUUUUUGAUGACACCCUUACGUCAUACUCUAGGUGUUUCACUUCAAAAUCCAAGGGACGUGGCAUGCGAUUUGGAGUUUGGUUCAGUACUGUUAAUGUCUCUCAUAUUGAAUAUUUGUGUGUGUGUGUGUGUACGUGUCAAUUGUUUUCCACUCAUUGUCAUUGGAAAAGUCCAUCAGUUUGCCCACCAGCUUUUCUGGAUGUAUAGUGUCAGAAUUUCAGUGUUGUUGUAGAUGUCGGCUAUACAGAUUACCUGUUAGUAGUCAAUGUCAAGUGAGCUUUUCUUGUGAGUAAUUCCCUUGGAUGUAGCCAUGACAUUAUCCAGAUUUUUUUUUUGUAAUUUUUUUUUUUUGCACUUUACUUACAAUUUUUAGAGCAUUGAACCCUGGUAUUUGUUUCACCCCUCUGAGCGACUGUUAUGUGCACUGGACUUGUUUCCCCCUGUAUUCGGUCAAACUUGCCUUCUUGUUAAAAAAAAAAAAACGAACAUAUUUUUUAAAAGCAUAUGUGUAUUGUCUAUAUGAAAGAGGUGAUUUUUAUAAACUUUGUAUUUUUGGAUAGAAGUUAGAUUUCUCACUGCACAACAGAUACAGCUGGACAUGUUUCAAGCUACAUAGCUAUGAGUAUAAUUCAUGCAGGGAGAAGUAAGCAUGAAAUAGGGAAGCCAUUGGAUGUACCACAAUUGAUGCAUUAAGGAGUGCUGUGGUAAAUCACACUUUAAUAUUACAAUUUGUCAUGGACAGGAGUAAGAACAGUCAUCUUGUUGUGCAAAGAGUAUAUAAACAACCCCCAUUAUUAUCAUAGAAUAUACACUAUUUAACUGUAAUUUGCUAGCUACAGAACCAGGUGUGUAAAUUCACCUGAAAGAAAUACCACUAGUGGUGUGAUUAUACCAAAAUGGGGUGACCUGUGGAGAAAUUAGGGAAUCCUUUCAAACCCUGGUUUUGGUUUUCUUUUCUUUUUGCAGGACGUAACAUAUCAUUGUGCACAAUUUUCGGUGACCCGUUUUGGCUUGUGAGCACUACUUUCUAAACUACUGGCUGAAAUUAUACUAAACUUUUUUAACGCUUCUUUAAUGUGCAGCUCAUACAGUAGCAGAAAGCAUAAUGCAUUGUGAGUGUACACAAAUUAUGGUGCCUUUGUGCUAUCUUGGAGUUUGUGUUAUUUGAAAGGUUUAACUAAAUGCUUGUCUCAUAUGUUAGUGAAUCCCCUUGUUCCAGCAUAUUUCGCUAUGUUCACAGUUAAUACAUGCAGCAUCACCAUUUACCAUAGAUACAAGGGAGUUCAGUGUCAAGCAUGCAAAACAUUAUUGGUUAUAGAUCUGAAAAUGAGAACUGUUUUGACUGCCGGAGUGGUUCUGAAUUCAAUGUAGUCUUCUGAUGUUUAGCACUUGGUUUUUACUUUUGUUUUGUUCUGUUUUGUGACACUUUUUUUUUUUCUUUCUUUUACAUACUCAUCAUUAUUUGAUUUCUUCCGCUCACUCUAGUACUUAAACAACUUAAGCUAUUAAGACGAAACCAAUUUCCAAAUGUGAAGACUUAUAUAGCUUUUAAAAAUAUUUGUGAUAUUAUUUAUACUUGAAUUAUAUACAUUUGCACACAUUUGCAUAAAAUAAAUCGCCAACAGUAACUCAAUCAUUAAAGCUAGAGGUACUAAAUCAACUUUCACAUGGUUUAAGAGUUACUGUUGGUGAUUUUAUUUUAUGCAAAUGUAUAUAAAUUACAAUUCUUUAGAACUUAGAUCAACUAUAACUAUAUACAAUUGCAUAAAAUAGCAUGCACACCACAUUUUCUUCAGGAAAUGUACUUUUCUAGUUAGGCAUGGUUUUAUGUUUUCUUUUUUCAUGCAAAAUAUUAAUUGUUGACUAAGGAAGAAAAGUGGAAUAGACCUUUGUUUAAAUGUGGUUUAAUGUUAUGUUUUCCUUGUUUGGUCAAUUGUCUUUGUUUUUGAUUCGAACAGUGGCAAGGCCUCACACACAAACUGAAUUGUCAAUCCAAAAGCAACAGAUUUUUGUUAUCAGCCUUUUAUGCAUAUGUAGAUGCAAUUUGUUGGUACGUACUUAUACAUUUGAUCUUAUAUGUGCUUAUGAGCUAGAGAUGAUGCCCACUGAAGUUUAUUAUUUUUGCCGAGUGCUUAGACUGGCUGUUUAUAUUGCUUUUCAGUAUUAAUGUUUUUGUGAUAUGAUGUCAAAAGUGAAAAUUGUUGUUAUAUGCACUGAGAGUAAUGUGCUGCACUGUCAUUGUGGCUCUGUACUUCUGUUCUGUCUUUCUGACUUAGAAGUAUCGGUUAAUCGAAAGUUUUUCAGACUGAUCCAAACUCCAAAUUGCUCCCUGUGUUUUUACAAUAAGUUGUCUUUUCUUUAAAACAAUGUUUUCUGUGUUUAUGUAGUAAAUCUGACUGAUUUGAUACGUCUAUUAUUACUGCCACCAUUUUUGCACUAAUAUUCUGCUAUUCUAAUGGUUUACACUCAAACGUUUACAGAAGCAACCGUUUACAAAUAAUGGAGCAAGUUUUGAUGUUUCUUUUGUGUGUACGUUCAUGUAAUUGAUAUAAAUAAGGAUGAAUUUUGGGGAAUAUAAACUGGACCCUUGCCACCCACACAAGAUACUGUAAACCCAUUAGCUUCCCUUUUGACACCAGACAGGUAUUACAUAGCCAAACAUGGCCAUCUCAAAGUUUUAACUGCCUGGCUAUUGACAGCUUCCCUUACGUCAUGACUGUGACAAUGGAGCUGUCCAAUUCUGAAACCGACAGAGAUCCAGGCAAAAUAGUUGCAAAAGAUAGAGCAAAUAACAACUGUAUUUACCAGUUUUUACAAGAUAUAUAAAGUUGUAUAUACUUCCAAUAAUUUUAACAUUUAGAAAUGUGAUUUGUAUGUUCCCUUUUACAGAGAGUGAGUGUGUAAGUGAUGGCUAUGUGCUAAGUUGUUUUGAGUGAAUGGAAAAGUCAGCCGUUGCUUUCUCUCACAGGCUAUGAACCAGCGUUUCCCAAACUCGGUCCUCGGGACCCCAAAGGCGUGCACGUUUUGGUUUUUGCCCUAGCACUACACAGCUGAUUCAAAUUAACUAAUCAUCAAGCUUUAAUUAUUUGAAUCAGCUGUGUAGUGCUACGACAAAAAAAAGAAACGUGCACACUUUGGGGUCCCCAGGACUGAUUUGGGGAAAUGCUGCUAUAAGCCAUUAGAUGUGUGAGUUGCUAUUUUACCUUCAUUCCUUGUUGUCAGAUUAGUUAUCAUACUAUUGUUGUUUUUUUACAUGCAAAGUUCUAGCAAAGGGUGAACCGUUAAGGAAACCGAAGUUCAUAAAUCAUCCCUUUAACUCUUGUUUAAUGUUCAAGUAAUGCACUUAUUUAGAGCACUUUGUUUAUCUGUUUACUAAAAUGUGUUUCUGUCAAAGGUUUAGAGUUAAAAUACUCCAGUUUCCCACUUUAUCUCCAAAUUUUUGUUUUAGUUUUGUUAGAUUUGAGAAUUACAUCAACUUAAAACAGUGCACUUGUCUAUGAAUUGUUUACAUUUAGAAAAUGAGAAUAUUUAUGAGGAAACCACAAUUUGCUUUAUCUUAACAGUUUGUUUCUUGCUGCAUAACCUACCACAUAAAGAUUGACAUGUGACUGACAUUUCCUGCUUGAUACCUUGAGGUAACUCAGUGUUUAUCCUACAUUCAAAUAACAGUGGCUGGCCGCUGCUGCUAAAUCGUUGCCGCCACGCCAACAUUUUUUACUUUUUUCGGGAUGUUAAAAUGUUUUCAGUGUAAACUUAAAUGACCAAAACCAGAUAUAAAGUAUAUAGAAAAGGUCAUGAAGCUAUAUAUUUUUAAAUGAGAUCAUCUUUGAGAACUAACACCAAAAUAAAAGCUAGACAGUCAGGAAGAAUCUAAAAUUCCAAAAAUGGCAUGGCAUGGGGUCCCCAUUCAUUUUGUUAUACUAUCUGAGUGACUCAAACAUAAGAACAUGGCAUAAGUCAUGGUAAAAUGUGUAGAAUUGCAGUAAAUUAGCUUUAAAGUGGCAAUUUUAUCUCUGUGGCCAAGUAUAGGGCCUUAAAAAAAUAAAUCCCACCAACCUCCCCUGAUCAUGUUGCCACUGCUGCUGAAAAUAAUCCUAGCGGAAGCACUUAGUAACUCUUUCUCCAUGGUAAUGAAUGACAAAAUAACCACUAAUGACUCAAAAAGGCUUAAUGUGAUAUGUUUUGCUUUAAGCAAGUAUUUCGCUCUGAAUAGGUUACCUUGGGCUCUCGAGUGGAGCAGCAAUCUAAGGCACUGCAUCUCAGUGCAAGAGGUGUCACUACAGUCCCUGGUUUGAAUCCAGGUUGUAUCACAUCCAGCCGUGAGUCCCACAGGGCGGCGCACAAUUGGCCCAGCGUCGUCCGGGUUUGGCCGGGGUAGGCCUUCAUUGUAAAUAAGAAUUUGUUCUCAACUGACUUGCCUAGUUAAAUAAAGGUUAAAAAUAUAUAUAUAUAUAUAAUAUAUAAUUUGACCGUGUGACUAAAACCUGCUCACCAAAAGCAUCUCCAGUAAGCUCUGACGAAGGCCGAUACGUAAGCUUAUUAAAGAUCAGUGAUGCUAUCAAGAGGAGUGUGCGGUUUCCUUUUUCCUUCAUCUCCAGUAGGAUAAAAUGCAGAUCUAUAUCAGAAUAUAAAUGUUUAAUUGGUUAGAGGCACUACAUGUGAAAAGGGUAAACGAAUCAGACAGACCGUAAUUGUUUGAUCAUUCAAUAGUUCCCACAAAAAGACAACUUCAAAUCCUCUAUGUGCAUUUAAUGGGAGAUGACCCACUCUAGUGGUCCUUUCUUCAUACAACGGCAGCUAAAUUGUAAUAUAAUGUAUUUUUCCUUUCGAGUACGAUUACUUGAACGUUGCACUGCAAUGUCUGGAUACUACACCUUCUGUACUCGCAGCAACAGGACACAGUUAUGCUCAUCAAAUAUGCAAAUCCUAGCAUUCAGCAGCAGUUUGGCAAUCCUGUACUUUUGUUGAGCUGGCCCUUUGAAAUGAAUGGAUCAACUCUUGUUCUCUAAAUUGUGCUUUUAUAUAAAAAGGGAGAAAGCAGACCAAAAAAUCCAAGUUGGCUAUAUUAUGUGAUAAGUAACUGAUAACGGAUGUUAAGCUUCUACUCAAAUCGUACCUAAUGUAUUUUUCUUGUGUGAAGGCUUCUGUCUUAGUAUCUUUGCAUUACUAUUUGUAAAUGAAAUGACAUUAAAUAAAAAAUUGAAGCAUAUCAAUGUGACAGACCCA